AUGACAUUAUGAAUAAUUACUCAAAGGGAAAAUGUUAUCAGUUUUUGUGUGAUGUCGACUGUAUAUUCAGUUUUCAACUUUCUGGAGCCGGAUUUAUAGUGUUUGGCAAUGAUAAAAAGUUUAACGAGACUUGCUCAGUAAUCGUAUUGAUGGCCGAGCUACCGAAUGGCUGGCUUCAGUUGGUACCUUUCUGAAGGCUUCCAGGUAAUCAUUGAGAAGUCUAAAGAGGCAAAAUGUUCUCUGAAAGAUGUUCAACUGCGUUUCUUGUGCCCUGAUGACUUGGAAGAGGUGAGAUCCCUUUGCAGAGACUGGUUCCCUAUAGAAUAUCCCCAGUCGUGGUAUGAAGAUAUCACGUCGUCGGAGAGGUUCUUUGCACUGGCGGCCGUUUACAAAACACAGAUCAUAGGACUCAUUGUAGCGGAAAUCAAACCAUAUCUUAAAUUAAAUACGGAAGACCGAGGUAUAUUGUCAAGAUGGUUCGCAUCAAAGGACACACUUGUUGCUUACAUACUCUCGUUAGGAGUGGUCCGGUCGUACCGGCGGUCGGGCGUGGCGACGCUGCUGCUGGACGUAUUGAUCAGCCACCUGUCGGGCGCCGUGCCGCAGCCGCCGCACGAGCACCGCGUCAAGGCCAUAUUCCUCCACGUACUCACCACCAACACAGAAGCUAUACUUUUUUAUGAGCACAGAAGGUUCCGGCUGCACUCGUUCCUGCCGUACUACUACUCGAUCAAGGGCCGGUGCAAGGACGGGUUCACGUACGUGUACUACGUGAACGGCGGGCACGCGCCGUGGACGCUGUACGACUACGUGAAGUGCGCGGCGCGCGCGGCGUGGCGCGGCGGCGGCCUCUACCCCUGGCUCUGGCGCAAGCUGCGCGCCGCGCUCGCCCGCGCCUGGCACAGUUUCACUUCGUCUUCACAAUCCACAAAACUUAGAGGUGCAGUGUUUAAGCAGUAACUGAGCGCGUGAAAGAUAUAUUAUUAAUAUAAUUAUAAGAAACUGUUCAAGGUACUCUAUUAAUUUUGUUUUCAAUAUAUGUAAGCUAAAUUGACACAAACGAUAUUUGUAAUAGCUAAUGAUUUAACACUUUAUCCGUGCGGCCAUGCGGUGCGCGAUCUUUUCAAACGUUCAAUCUCGGCCCGACACUAAAUUGUCUCAAAUAUGCUAUUAAAAUAUUUGCCAUAUAUGUCAUAUUGUUUUUAUACGACGAAAUAGCAUGCUGAUUCAUAAUUCACACCUGCAAACAAUUCUUGGAAAUAUAUGUGUAAACAUAUAUUUCCAUGCCGCAUAAAGUAUAUUUUUCAAUACUCUAUGUUUUAGAAACGAUCUAUUGCCGGGCGAUGAGUGUGCGUCAAAUUUUGGUGAAUAUUUAAGGCUAUUAAUUUGUUCACGAUUUUUUAAGUAAAAUAUAAUAAUUCUUCGCCAAUAUUCUUGAAUAACGUACUAACAAAUUAUGUUAUUUUUAGCAAGUUGCGCUAUAAAAAGAAAUCAAUUUGUGUUUGAUGAAAUAAUAAAAAUAAUAAGUACAGAUGUCCACUGCAUAGAGUGUUAAAGUUCUAUUACAAAAAUAAAAAAAAAUGUACAGAUAACGAUUAAAAUAACAAUAAUUGUGUCAACUUGGCUAAAGAGGAAAAAAUUUACAAAAUUAUUUUGUGAUAUUUUUUACACUGAAAGCUUUAAAUUAUUACACGAUAUAAUUAUUUGUGAUUUAUGUGAACAAUUGACACAUGUUUUGCACGUAGUAUAUGAUUCAGAAUAGUUGUGUUCGUUUUCAUAGAGAUGACAAUGUAUAAAGGCAUUGAGAGUGCGGUCAGUACUCGGCCCUCGGUGAGGGCUGAGGAGUGUCGGCGCAGGAGUGCCGUGUCGCGUGCCAUGUAACAUGUUCAACUGCCAACAAUAUGCAAGUGAGGUGCCUGAGUGUUCACUAUAAGAAAUUAUUUAUCAUUAAAGAAUUAUAUUUUGUCGAAACGUCUGAAAUACGAGAAUAAUUGUAGUGUGUAAAAAUAAUCUCUUUUAGACGUGUACAUUUUUGGUACUGUGGCAGAUGUAAAUUAUUUCUACAUUGAACCAGUGUUCGUAGUCGUAAUUAUUACUCAUUGCAAACCAAAGUAUUGUCUUCAUUUUGUUUUUAACUUGCACGAAUCAUUUUAUGUAACAAAUAUUUUAUUUAAGAUUUAAGUAUUAUAUUAUGUUAAUGUGACAGUGAGUAUUAUGUUAGACCUUUAUUAAAUUAUUUGUAUUCCAA